UCGGUAUAACUGAGAAGGAAAAAGAAAAGGACAGAGCGGCGGUUGGUUGGCGAGUUCGUCUUUGGACAGGUGCGAAGCUGCGGCCAUGGAGGUGCCGCCGCCGCCGCCCGCCCGAGGCUGGGGAGGGUCUGCGGGGGCUGCGUGCGAGCCCAAGCUCCGCCUCGGCGCCCCGCAGCAAGCCUGAGGGGCGGCCUCCAACCCUGCUGAGGUGGCCUGGCAAGGAGCCUGGGGGCGCCGGCCGGCCGAACUGCACGCUGACCUAUCUCCUCCUCUGCCUCUCCCGCCCAGCCGCCGCCGCCGCAGCCCCGGAGGGGGAGGCGCUUGGCUCUCGGAGAGUGGGGGGGGGGGGCGUCUCGUUGAGGGCGCCGCCAAACCAACCUCUCCUCCGCCUCGCUUGACGCUUCUCUCCCGCAGGGACCGUCGCCCCGUCCCUUGCCUUCCUCGGGCCGCCCCUGUGGAGACGACGCUGCGCCUUUCCCUCCGCCUCCUUGGCUGAAAUUCUUGGAUAGGCCGGUCCAGAGCGGCGCUCUGUCGAAAAGCCGAAGCGAAGGACUUCUUGGCCUCUUGGGAAUCCUUUUCCGUGUCCAGCUUUUUGAUUCAGGGGUUUCUGACUCGCUUCAGUAAGCCGUUGCCUCGCUGUCUUCCUGCCAGCUGCGAUGGGGCUUUGAAUAGAUCCGGGCUUCUGUCUUAGGAGUUGGUUGUUGGGUUUUCAAAACAAGAGAGCGUAGAGCUUUUUCCUUUCUUUCCUAAUCCGUAUCAUUUUAAACUUCCGCAACGAUCUCAGUGGACGGAAGGGGCUGCGUACUUGCCGGGCACCCAGGAUGGUUCUCCUUUUCGUGUGCUAGUAAUCCCUUUUUGACUAUGGCAUGGAAUAACUGAUGGAUUUAUGCACUCAGCAGACAUAAAGCCAUUAAUUGGGCAAAGGUUUUGACGAUAAAAAUUAACAGAAGGCACUCCUAAGGGCUGAAGAUGAUCCUAAAGUGUCUCUUACCUUCCUGGAACUGUUUACCUCCUGUGCCCGUUUUGGUCCUAUUUCAUUGUUAUAUUCUUCUAGCUAGUGCAGAUAAUGGUAAUCAAGCAUACUAUUCAGCCCUGGUAAAUGUGACUGUAUGGAAUUCUGAGCGGUCUACACCUACUUUAAUACGACUGGACCGUGGACGCUAUGGGCAGCAUUCUCCAAAAGUAGCUGUCAAAGGCCUACUUGUGGCGCCUUUACCAAUCAAUGGAGUUGCAGAUCGUUUAGGCUGUGAUUCUCGAACACGUUUUCAAGUUCCUCCAAAUACCAAACAGUGGAUUGCCCUGCUGCAGCGAGGAAAUUGUACUUUUAAAGAAAAAAUACUGCGAGCAGCUUCACACAAUGCUUCAGCUGUGGUAAUUUACAACAAUGUAUCCAGUGAGGAGCCUGUCACUAUGAUUCAUCAAGGAACUGGAGACAUCGUUGCUGUCAUGAUAACAGAAUCAAAGGUUAAAGAAAUCCUGAAUUACUUAGAAAAAAACAUGUCUGUCCUAAUUGCAAUAGCAGUUGGAACCCGCCAUCAAACUAAAAAUUUUAGUCGUAGCUCUCUUGUCUUCGUAUCAAUAUCGUUUAUAGUACUGAUGAUCAUUUCUUCAGCUUGGUUAAUAUUUUAUUUCAUCCAAAAGAUCAGAUACACAAGCACACGUGAUCGAAAUCAGCGUCGUCUUGGGGAUGCUGCCAAGAAAGCUGUUGGCAAACUGACAACAAGGACUGUAAAGAAGGGUGAUAAGGAAACAGAUCCAGACUUUGAUCAUUGUGCUGUCUGCAUUGAAAGUUACAAGCAGAAUGAUGUUGUCCGCAUUCUGCCCUGCAAGCAUGUUUUCCACAAAACCUGUGUGGAUCCAUGGCUCAGUGAACACUGUACCUGUCCUAUGUGUAAACUGAACAUUUUGAAAGCCCUGGGAAUUGUGACAAACGUUCCAUGUGCUGACAAUAUGGCCUUUGACAUGGAAAGGCUCACCAGAGGCCAACUAGGCAACAGGAGAUCAGUACUUGGUGAACUCAGCAGUGACAGCACGCUAAGUCUUGAGCCCCUGCGUACGUCUGGCAUAUCACAAUUUCCACAGGAUGGGGAGUUGACCCCAAGGACAGGAGAGAUCAACAUUGCUGUAACUAAAGAAUGGUUUAUUAUUGCCAGCUUUGGCCUCCUGAGUGCCCUAACACUCUGCUACAUGAUCAUCAAAGCCACAGCUAGCUUAAAUGCUAAUGAGGCUGAGUGGUAUUGAAGAAAUACUUUGACAAAUUGCCUUGGAGAGCCAAUCACCUAUUUUUGUGCUUCCUUUGUUGAUUAUAUAACAAAACUAUAUGUUUAGUACCUUCUAUUUUCAUAAUUUGCUAAUGCCAAAGCUUCGUAUUAAGGAAAAGAAUCAAUAAAACUUUAAUUAUAAAAGCCUUAA